UUUUAUAAUAAGAAUAAUAUAAAAGACGGUACAAGAAAAAGUACGUAAGUGCAUAAAGAUAAAAGCCGGUGCCAUAUUUGAAAGGCUUGGCUGAACUCGGAAGCUUGUACGCCCGGUAGUCGGAGCCGAGUGGAGGGGGGACUCAACGGCGAGAGCUGCAGGCAGUGGUGCGUGUGAGCAGGCGACGGUCACCGACGCGUCUCCUCGACGGCUUUCCGAAUAUCUUCUACCCACACGGGGAUGAACACCCUACUGUCGUAGCGCUCUUUCUGUCUCAUAUCCAGAUUGAAUGAUGUGAUUGGGAUCGGAGGCAGCUGCACUCCAGUGGUCGAGGAACUCUCCCUCCGACACUAGAAUGUACUUGAUGAACGUACCUCCUGUCGCAGUGAGGCAAACAGAGUGGAGAACAUGUGGCCCACCUGGAGGCUAUAGCCUUCAGUGCUUCAAUGACUCUGACACUGAGUUGUCCACCGUUGGUACGCCUAUCUCAGAUAAGGUCCAGAUGAUCAUAGAGAGCCUUAGAACCACCCAGUCCUCACUCGAGAUGGGUGACGAGAUUGAGGAAAAUGUGCUGCCUGGACAAGACGGUCAUCCCCAAGUCUGCAAGCUUGCAAUGGGGUCCUAUGAAGGAGCCAAAUCCAAAACUAAGGGUUCUUCUACAACCCAGCAGGAAAAUGUUUCCUCCCCAAUCAACCUUGAGAGCAGUGACUCUGACAGUGAUGAUUCUGUGGACAAAGGAAUUGAGGAGGCGAUAGCAGAAUACCUGAAAGAAAAGGGUGAUCACAAACGUAAAGCGGAACCAUGCUCCACAUUGCUCCAUUCAUCAAAAAUUCAGCGAAAAAAUACACCCAUUCCUGAUAUUUCAAAGCAGAACUCUGAUGGCAAUGCCUUUUUGAUUGCAAGCUACCCCUAUCUAAAAUGUGUCAAAGCUGAAACCCCAACUGUACCAGCUGCUAUACCGAUCAAAAAGUAUAUAAAGAACAAGGUCUCCCUUAAUGACAACAUUAAAAAAUUGGCUCAUGAUAAAGGUACAAUGACCAAAAUUUCAGUCUUUCCAAAAGAGCAGACGAUAAACUCAUCUAAAACAAUCAGCAUGGCCAACAAAAUGAAGUUUCCGGUCACAGUGAAGGUGGAGGAGGAUGACUCAUAUGAUUCCAGUAGUGAUGAUGGCAUCGAGGAGGCAAUUCAGCGAUAUCAGUUAGAGAAACAGGAGCAGCAGAACAGAACAGAAGCUUUUAUUCCAUGUGCAAUCAAAGAGGAGUCUGAUUCCUCAACCACAAGUGAUGAUGGAAUUGAAGAAGCUAUUCGCCACUACCAGCUUGAGCAACUUAAAGAGAAGAGUGUCCUGAAGCCAUUCCUACACAAAAGCAAUCCGUGCAGUAGGUCAUUUACACAUGAUGUUGGAAGUACAAGCAUUGAAAGCAUGAAGAAAAUCAAACUGAAAAAGAAAAAGACCAGAGCAGAGAAGGAAGUGAAACCUGUUCCUCCUCCAUCUGCUUUCAUACCCAAGAAUUUGCUUUCAGAGAACCAGAAAGGUAAAGGAAAUGGCGUGCUUUCAUUUAAAGUAGACGGUCUUAAGGAUCAGCCUACACCUGCUCCCCCAAAGGUUAAUACAUCUGCAGAGCUUAUGUGUGCUGAGGCAAUAUUGGACAUUUCGAAAACUGUGAUGCCUGAGGCCUUCCAUCAGAGUGUUGAGCUUAGCAGUUGUGCCCCUGCUGAACCUUCCAGGCAAUCUGCAGUGCCCCUCUCUUGCCCUCACGAAGGAAGUGAUGACAGCUCAAUUGACAGUGAAGAUGGCAUUGAGCAAGAAAUCAGGAAGUUUCUUGAACAGAAGGCACAAAUGCACAAACAGCCACCCUCCUCCGAUGUGGUGCAAGAGCCUCAAAGUACAGUUGAACCAGAGAAGGUAAAAGCAAAGCAAGUCGCGGUCCAAAAGAAACUUUCAAGAAUGUCACUGACACAGAGAAGAAAAAACAUGGAGGAAAACCGCAGCAAUUCUAACAUGUCAGGGAUCCAUAACGAUGUAAAAGAAUCGGCACCCAAAUAUUUACCUGGUAACAGAAAGGAUGUGAGUACACUGGCGUUUUCCAGCAAACCUGGAUUACAGAAGACAGAGCAAAGUGGAGAUAAAAGCAGCUCUCUUGACAGUGAUGAGGACCUGGACACUGCUAUAAAAGACCUGCUCAAGACAAAAAAGAAGACAAAGAAAAAGACAAGAGAAUUUAAGCGGAAAUCAAAAAAGUGCCUCAAGGAUGAAGAACAACUGCUAAGAAAUGCCUCACAGACAAAAAAGCUAAAACCUGAUCCUGUAUUCAAACAUAGUGCUUUGAAAAAGGUCCAAAAGAUAAAGGAUGACAUGCAAGACAAGACUGUAUCAAGUAAAAAGAACAUUUCCCAACAUAAACAAACUGAUGAAAGUAAAGGGCAUGGUAUUCAUGAAGGUGACACUGAGGUAUUAAAAGGGACUGAAGGACAGGACUCCAUGUUGCUGCAAAACCCCCAGACCACUCUUCAGCUAAAGGAAGAUAGUAGUUCAGUCGACAGCGACGAUAGCAUUGAGCUAGAGAUCAGGAGGUUUCUGGCUGAAAAGGCCAAAGUUUCAACGGCAGAGAAAAGCAAAGAUGGAGAUGUAUCCAGGAAUGGUACUGCUGUGGUUUGCAGUCCACCACAAGAUGACCACACUAAAGAGGAAAAUCAGCUGGCUGAAAUUCCAAGAAAAAAUAUGUCACCCUCCGUCUCUGGACAAUUAUUAAUUUGCCCACCUCUGCCAACGCCACAGAGUUUGGUACCAGACAUCUCUAUUGUUAACUCUCAAUCACAUAUGUCCUUAGUCCAGACCUGCAGCCCCAGUCCUUUGGAGCCGGCAGAUGGAGCAGGUGCUGCGAGAACUGAGCAAAAGACGUCAAGCAUGCAGAGAGGGGACACCCAAGAUGUCCCCUCACAAAUAAAGAGAGUUCAACCAGAUUUGAGCGCCAGCAUUGCCCAUUCUUGUUCCGAGUCGAUUAAAUGGCGCCGGAGCCUGGGGCUCCCCAUCACUGACACCAAGACUCUCGGUCGUCAACCAUUCCUUAUCACCUCAUCUAAAACGAACGAAACUGCACCAGCAACUCUGCCACAUCAGAGCAGGGGCAUUCACCUCAACUCACAGACUCCAGUUGCUGCUUGGUCCUCUUCGAGGACCAGUGGACCACCGUUCCCCUGGUCCACAGAGAAGACUGUAAAUACCACACACCGACCCCCUGUAAAGAAUCCUUUAUCCUCCUCUGGGCAGCAACCAAGAAUGUCUUUUUCAAGGAGCAUGCCCCCUGAUCACAAGUCACCUUUACCUAUAGAGGGAGAGACAAAGAGUAUGGUGCAUAUAUCUAAGGACAAGAGUGUGUUUGUUGAACUGGAAUCUGAUAGGACCAACCACGUUCAGGUUCGAAGCAGGGAAAGAAACCAGGGAAAGGAGAGAGGGGACUUGAUAAUUGAAUCUAAGAAAGAAAGUGAGAGCUUGAAGAUAGAUGGCAAAGAAGUACAUCUAGAAAGAAAAGAGGAAGAACUUGUAGAUGAGGCAGAUGAUGAGUCAGGCAGCGGAAGAAACCCAGAGAAGACGCAGGGCUUUUCCACAUUGUCUUUGUCCAGUGCCAUUGACCCUGGCAUUACCUUCAGACCUUGCAUAGCUCUUACCUCAGAGGAGAGAAGCCAGAUGUUCGGCAGGAGAUACCUGCCUGACAAAUGCAAGAAGGGGAGAGCUCCAGUGCAGGCCAAGAUUCCAAUGCAACGUGUCAAAAGAAAGCUUCAGUUUAUCUCAACAGGAGAAAUGAAGCGCAAAGCGAGUACUGCACAGCAGAAAUGAAAGUCAUUCUGCACUUGAAAUGUACUUGCACGUUAAUGUAAGCGUUCUUGUUAGUUUUGUUGCAAACUAAGAUUUAAAUGGUAUAUUCCUUAUCUUGUAAGGUCUUAAGUUACAUAUAUUAGGAAGGUUUUCAAAAGUACAACAAUAGGAAAGUUAAAGUUUAUAACAAAUAAAGGGAAUAUCUUGUUUUUCCAGUUAGGGAUUAUAAUGAAGGAGUCUUAAACUGCAACUGUCUCAGUGUUUUAUUAGUUGUUAUAACUAAAUGUUCUAAAUCAUUUUUACAUUGCUCCUGAAUAAUAUAAUAUAGAGACAUAACUGUGUCAAAUUCUUAGUUUAGUGUAAUUUUGGUUGCCAAACCUUUGUCAGGAGUUAUUUUUAUUACACUUUUUGUUGCACCUUUUAUGGUUUCACAAUGUGAGGGCAUUGCUGUUAGUUGUGUUCUAUUUGAUUUUCAAU